AUGGCACGCGUUCAGCACAUCAUCUUGUUUGGAGACCAGACUGACGACUUUACAUCGCUCCGUCGUCUACUAUCCCCCAAUACUGAACCGUUGCUAAGCUCCUUCUUGAACAAGGCUGUUCGAGGAGUGCGUACGGAGAUCAGCUCGCUGGCGCCCCAAGUCCGUCAACAAUAUCCUCAUUUCCCUUCCGUGGCCAGCUUGCUGGACUGGAGGGAUUCUCAGAAGAAGGCGUAUCCAGCCAUUGACAGUGUUCUAACCUGUAUCAAUCAACUGGCUCAUUUUAUUCAAGCCCAAAGCACAGCCUCCACUUAUGCCAGCCCAUCGGACAUAAUUAUUGGUGGUCUUUGCCUUGGCUCUUUGUCUGCUGCAGCCGUUAGCAGUUGCCAGUCCAUUUCCGAACUCCCAGACGUUGGCGCACGAACAAUCCAGAUCGCAUUUAGAACAGGGCUGCAUGUAUCCCGGGUCGGACGUGCGAUCGAUCAAUCUGAGACAGAGUCAUGGUCUAUGGUUGUUGCUACACGGUCACCAGAUGAGAUCUCACUCCGCAUCGAUCGAUUCAUAGAAGCUCAGCAUCUACCAUCGCACACUCGACCUUAUAUUAGCGCAUAUCUGUCACAUGCUGUGACAAUCAGUGGACCGCCGACGAGUCUUCUUCGUCUGAGACAAUCCUCCGAGUUUGCUUCCCUCAAUCCGCGAUCUAUUCCGAUCUUUGCUCCUUAUCAUUCUUCUACCCUUUUUGAUGUUACAGAUUCCGAGUCUAUUCUGGGUGACCUUCUCGCUGAUGAGAAGAAGACUAAAUGCAACAUCCCUUUCAUCUCUAGUACAAGUGGAAACCCUUUCGAGGGAACAGUUGUUCGCUCCCGAUUUGAAUAUGCUCUAGCUCAAAUUCUCUUGGAGACUCUUCGCUGGCAGAGCUUGGUCAAUGGAAUGAUCUCAGCUCUUCCUAAGCAAGACAAGCCGGAAGCACCCAAGUUCCACGUCCAGUCCUUUGGUAGUUUGGUAGGACCUCGACUUGCCGAAUCCAUUGAAGCUGCUACCAGUUUUACUCGGUAUCAGCCUGCUCCUGCUACAGCUCCGACACUGAAACCUACUGAGAAUAUCGACUCGUCCAAAAUUGCCAUCAUCGGAUACUCUGGCCGAUAUCCUCAUGCCGAAUGCAACGAAGAGUUCUGGGAUCUACUCAUCAAGGGGCUUGAUGUUCACGAGGUCGUGCCAGCUACGCACUGGGACGCACGAACCCAUGUCGCCGAGCCAAGCAAGGGAAAGAAGAACACGAGUGCCACGCCCUACGGCUGCUGGUUGCAGAACCCAGCAGCGUUUGAUGCUCGCUUCUUCAACCUGUCACCUCGCGAGGCGCCCCAGGUAGAUCCUGCGCAGCGCGUUGCCUUAAUGACAGCUUACGAGGCGAUGGAGCGAGCUGGUCUGGUACCUAAUGCAACGCCAUCUACAGCCAAGGAUCGUGUUGGUGUUUGGUAUGGUGUUACAUCCAAUGAUUGGAUGGAGACCAACACCGCGCAAAACAUCGAUACAUACUUCAUCCCCGGCGGCAAUCGUGCGUUCAUCCCUGGCCGGUUGAACUACUGCUUCAAGUUCACUGGUCCAAGCUAUGCUGUUGACACUGCAUGCUCGUCAAUUCUAGCAGCUAUUCACCUCGCUUGCAAUGCUCUGUGGCGUGGUGAAGUCGACACAGCCAUUGCAGGAGGCACCAAUGUUCUCACAAACCCUGACUUCACGGCGGGUCUGGACCGCGGCCACUUCCUAUCUCGAACUGGCAAUUGCAAGACGUUCGAUGACGAAGCAGAUGGAUAUUGCCGUGGAGAGGGCGUUGGUACCGUCAUUUUGAAGCGGCUAGACGAUGCACUGGCCGAUCGUGAUCCCAUUUGCGGCGUCAUCCUGAGCGCCGGUACGAACCACUCUGCUGAUGCAGAAUCAAUCACAAGGCCCCAUUCCGGCGCGCAGCAAUUUCUUAUUCAAAAUCUGCUACGGAUGGCCGGGGUUGCUCCUUAUAGCAUUAGCUAUGCCGAGAUGCAUGGAACAGGUACUCAGGCUGGUGAUGCUGGAGAGAUGAACUCGGUGCUGUCUGCGCUGGCACCUUCAUCUCUCUCCUAUCGUACUCCGGAUCAGCCAUUGUACUUGGGGUCUGCAAAGGCUAACAUUGGCCAUGGAGAAGCUGCUUCUGGUGUGUCGAGUCUUAUUAAGGUCUUGUUGAUGAUGGAGCACAAUACCAUCGUCCCCCAUUGUGGUAUCAAGACUCGCAUCAAUCGCAAAUUUCCCACCGACCUGGGUGAUCGCAAUGUGCAUAUUUCAUUGACUCCUACAGCAUGGGGACGACAAAGUGAGCCCCGUCGUGUGCUCGUCAAUAACUUCAGCGCCGCUGGAGGCAACACUGCACUCUUGUUGGAAGAUGCACCCUCAUUGCCACAGAUCGAUGAGGGAAGUGAUCCGCGUACUAGUCAUCUUGUUGCUGUGUCGGCUAAGUGUGCUUCCUCCCUCGAAGCAAAUGUCAAGUCACUUCUUGGUUUCAUUGCGUCUGCUGGAGAAGAUCUCUCUUUGCCACAACUCUCUUACACGACGACUGCUCGUCGCAUGCACCAUCUUCAUCGUGUGAUUGUGCAAGGCUCCAGCAUUUCCGAUAUUAACAAGCUGCUCCAAGCUGCUCUAUCCCGCGGUGACGGUGCCAAUCGUCCUCUUGGGGUCCCUAAGCUGGUAUUUACCUUCACUGGACAGGGGGGCCAAUUUGUUGGAAUGAGUCGACAGCUAUACGAGUGUAUGCCAUCAUUCCGCAGCAAUAUGCAACUAUUAGACCGCAUUGCUCUGUCUCUGGGCUUUGAAAGCUUCCUGCCGUUCAUCGAGAAUGAUUCAGACUCCAGCUUGAAACACUUCUCGCCUUUGACUGCACAGCUGGCGAGUGUUUGCCUUCAGAUCGCACUGGCACGCCUCUGGGCAUCAUUUGGAAUCGUCCCUACCGCUGUAGUCGGUCAUAGUCUGGGAGAGUACGCCGCAUUAAACGUUGCCGGUGUUCUCUCCGACGCUGAUACCGUCUUCCUUGUUGGUAAGCGGGCACAGCUCUUGGGGGAGCACUGCACUUUGCAUACCCACAGCAUGUUGGCGGCGCGUGCAUCAGUAACUGAUGUCGAGUUGGCCUUGGCUGGGAUGGAACAUGAAAUCGCGUGUAUCAAUGCCCCGGAGGAAACAGUUCUGGCUGGCCCCAACUACCAAAUCGAAGCUCUUCAGCAAACCCUUUCGCAAGCAGGUGUGCGAUCCAAGACAAUCCCAGUUCCGUAUGCCUAUCACUCCUCCCAGGUGCAGCCUAUUCUGGAUGAUCUGGUCCAGGCAGCUCAGCCGAUUGUUUUCAACAAGCCGUCGAUCCCUGUUCUGUCGCCCUUGCUGGGUGAGAUCGUGGAGACUAGGGGAAUUUUUGGGCCAGAUUAUCUACAGCGACACUGCCGCGAGACUGUCAACUUCCAUCAGGCAAUUCAGGUUGCUCGAUCUACGGGGGUAAUCACUGAUCGCACCCAAUUCGUGGAGAUCGGUCCGCAUGGAGUAGUGACGGGCCUGAUCAAGGCAUCCUCCAAAAUAGCUCACGCAGUGCCGACUCUGCAACGAGGGCAUGACGACUGGCAGAGUCUGGGUGAGGCUAUCUCAAUGCUGUAUCGUGCCGGGCUGGAUAUUGCCUGGAAUGAAUGCCAUCGCCCCUUUGCGGCAGCGCAGCAUGUCAUUCGACUUCCAGCGUAUAACUGGAACCUGAAAGAUUACUGGGUUCAGUAUGUCAAUGACUGGUCUCUACGCAAAGGAGAUCCACCACUGAUCCAGAGCGCUCGUCUGGAGGAGUCGACUACUAUCCAUCGCAUUUUGGAGGAAACCAAGGACGGUAUUAUGGUUGAAGCUGAUCUGUGUCGCAAGGAUCUGAGUCCGAUUGUGCAAGGUCAUAACGUGGAUGGAAUUCCUCUCUGCACUCCAUCGGUGUAUGCGGAUAUUGCAAUGACGGUGGGUGAAUAUCUGCGUGGCCGGCACCAGUGCCAAGAUGCCGACUCUGUGGUUGCCAUCACCGAUAUGACCAUCAAAAAGGCGCUUAUUGCAAAAUCCAGUGGCACGCAUCUUCUGCGCGCAGCGACAACCGUUGAUUGGGACGCAGGCAGUGCUCUGUGUCGAUUCCUUUCUCUCGAUUCUAAGGGCCAGCCAACUAACGAACACGCGCACUGCACAAUUCUGCUGUCAAGCCCAACUCGCCGCGCAGCCGCUGAAAAAGAACGUACUAAGAUUCAGCAACGCAUGCGCGAGAUGCGUGAGGGCCUGGAGCCCGGCAAGACCCAGCGAUUCAACCGCGCUAUGGUGUACAAGAUGAUUCGUCCCUUGGCCGAAUUCCAUCAAGACUACCGCACGAUUGAGGAGGUUAUCAUAGAUAGCAAGACCCUAGAGGCGGCAGGUCGUGUAUGCUUCUCUGAAGUACAAUCUCCUGGAAAAUUCCAUACUCAUCCCUCUUAUCUCGACGGUCUGGCCCAGUCCAGCGGAUUUGUGAUGAAUUGCAAUGAUGAUGCGGACCUUGACCGGGAAGUCUUUGUUAACCAUGGUUGGAAGAGCUUGCAGUUGUAUGAGCCGUUACGACCGGAUGCACAUUACGCUACGUUUGUGCAGAUGGUUGAGGGAGAAAGUCGCAUGUUCGAGGGCGAUAUGAUUGUGAUGGAUGGUGAUACUGUUGUGGUGACUUUCCAAGGCGUGGUUUCUCAAGGUGUCCCAAGACAUGUCCUGCGCUAUGUGCUCUCGAUGGAGAGUGGUGACCCAGCCCUUGUGGCAUCUGCUAAAAAGGCUUUUGUCGCCUCUGCGAAGCAGGCACCCAAGGCAGCUGCCUCUGCACCAAAGAAGGUCGAGCAUCGAGCUACUAAUCCUCAGCCCAGUGCAACGCCUCCAGCCGUGAAGUCGUCACUACCGGCGGACUCAUCUUCGCUCGUGGCAUCCGCGUUGCAAACCAUCUCGGAUGAGAGUGGCGUAGCGCUAUCCGAACUGGAAGACAGUUGUGUCUUUGCCGACAUGGGACUUGAUUCUCUGCUUUCUCUUGUCAUCACUAGUCGAUUCCGGGAGGAGCUGUCUCUAGAUGUGCCUGUGGAAGGAUUUUUCCUCACUUAUCCCACGGUGGCUGAUCUGAAAGCUUACCUCGACCAGCAUCAAACCAACGAACUAGCACAGACAUCAGUCCCCGCUGCGUCUGCUCCUGUUGGAGAAAUCCCCAUUCAAGUUUCCCAAGUCAAGGUCGUGUCAACCCCUUCCAAUUGGACGACUGCACUGUCAAUCAUUUCCGAGGAGAGUGGAAUCAGCAUUGCCGAAUUAACGGACGACUGCGUGUUUUCUGACAUGGGCAUCGACUCACUGCUAUCACUUGUGAUCGUCAGCCGGUUCGCCGAAGAGCUGGAAUUGGAUAUUCCACUGGAAUCUAUCUUCACUGAUUAUCCGACCAUUGGCGAGAUCAAAGUCCUGUUUGCGGGGGAUCGAUCUAGUAGCGAUAGUUCGAGUUCGGGCGACGAUAACCACAAUUUCACCCCAGCACCAGAACCUAUCACCCCAGCGUCAGAAACAUCAGACUACUUCCCGUCGCCUGGCGAGGACAAGGAUGUAAAGCCAGCAGCUACGCCCGUGCCACGUACCACCUCAGUUCUCUUGCAAGGCUCACCAUCCAAGACGGACAAGACGCUGUUCCUCUUCCCCGAUGGCGCUGGCUCCGCGACCUCAUACACAGGGAUCCCUCGUGUCGACUCCAGCGUCUCCGUUGUGGGCCUGAAUUCGCCUUAUCAUCGUCAGCCCCAUCUUUUCAACUGCACCGUGGAUGACCUGAUCAAGAGCUAUAUCGAAGAAGUCCGUCGCCGUCAGCCUCGUGGCCCCUACCACUUUGGCGGUUGGUCCGCAGGUGGUAUUUUGGCCUACCGCGCCACCCAGAUGAUGAUCGAGGAUUAUCACGAACGAGUCGAAAGUCUUACUCUCAUAGACAGCCCCGUGCCGCACGGGCUGGAUCGUCUCCCGCAGCAUUUUUAUGACUACUGCAACAAGGUACACCUCUUUGGUAAGACCCAGGGCGACAAUGCACCCACUCAGGUACCGGAAUGGCUGGUCCCCCAUUUUAAUGCCACGAUCGACACGCUGCACGAGUACUAUGCUUCUCCGUUGACGCUAACUGACGCUAACAAGCCCCGCGUGUCGAUGAUCUGGGCUUGCGAGAGUGUCAUGGACAAUGCGGACAUUCCACGGCCGCCCUCUUGUCCCGAGGACACGGAGGGAAUGAAGUUCUUGACUGAGGCUCGUACUGAUUUCUCAGAUAAUGGUUGGGGAAGGCUCUUCCCUGGGUGUAAGAUUCUUAUUGAGAAGGCUCAUGGCACCAAUCACUUUACAAUGAUGAGGGGAGACUUUGCCCCUAAGCUUGCAUCGUUCAUCUUUCAGUCGCUCGGAUCUUGA